AAGAACUGUGUUUCCUUCCGAAAUGCUCUCCCUCGCGAAAAGGCUGAAGACGUUGCCGUGGUGCUUGGAGGCCGCCGGCAGCCAACUCCGGGGAAUCCGGACGGAGGCGCGGUCGCCGAGGCGGCGGUUCAGGUCUCCGGCGAUGGCGAUGAGGAAGGCGGAGGAGAAGUCGGAGUGGUGGAUAGUCGACGGCGAAAUGCACGAAAUCGGCGACCACGUGCCGCCGCGUGAGCGGUUCGUGAUUCCGAGAGAUAACAUCCCCAACAAGCGCCGGAAGCAGCUCCGGGAACAGUUCAUGCGCCGCACUCGCCUCGUUCUCAAGGAGACGGAGCAUGAGCCUUGGUGCAAAAAGUAUAUGGAGCUGUACCAGGAGCUUAGAGAGAAUUGGGAAAGGCUGUACUGGGACGAAGGUUACUCGAAGAAGCUUGCGCAGGAUCAUGCUAAUUACGAGUCUGCUGAAGAUGAUGAUCAAGACUUCUCUCCAUACCGGAGCAAGCAAUCUCAUUUCGAGCAAUUUAAGGACCAUGGCUCUGGGAGUAGGCAAGGCGAUACAUGGGAAAAGGUUAACCAAAUUAGGGAUAAAUUUGAGUAUGACAGGGAAAGGAGGAUGAAAGAAAAAGCAUUUGCACCUAUGCAUGGAGAAGUUUCUUCUAACAUCCAUGAUAUGAACUCCAGAAGACAGCCAUUUGACAGCCAGAGAUACUUUUCCGAAAGCGACAGAGAGUGAAGAAUUAUUGAUGGUAACCAUCUGUUGGGUAUUACGAUAGAGCUGACAUUGUUUUCUAUCUUAGAAAGAGUACGAGUAAAAUUAUUAAAUUAAACUGAUCCUUGGAGAAUUUAAGAUGGACUUGAGCAAUCUUAAAGAACUCUCAAACUUUUACAAAGCUCUAGUUCUCUGUAGGUCUCCCCUUAUAUGAUAGAAUUCUCCACACAUGUAAAUAUAUGUAAUGCAUGUGGUGAUGGAAGUUAGUGAGAGAAGGACUCAUGAUGUUUACAUGAACAUGAGGUUGUCUGAUAUUAUUAUUAUUCUCUUUUUUC